GUGGACCCCUGCGCCUAGCGACUGGACUGGCGCAGACCAAAAACUUCAUGGAGACUCCUUAUUGAAAUCACAGCAUACGUCAAUUCAACCACAUCAACAUGCCGCCUAGAUUAGUAUCGUCGCGGAUUGUGGCGUCAUGCUGCACUGCUUCUGCAGAAGCCUCCAUUUCUUCUCUCUCGAUGCGCUUAGCUGGCUUGCAGGUACAGCAAGCCCGACAAGUCUCCAUCUUGGGUAGGCUCGCAAACGUCAAGGGAUCCGUCAAAGACCGAAAGAGAGUUGGUCGCGGUCCUUCCUCCGGCCAUGGCAAGACUUCAGGUCGCGGUCACAAGGGUCAAGGCCAGCACGGAAAGGUCAAGCCCUGGUUCCAGGGUGGUCAGACACCAUUGAUCGUCAAGCUCGGUCAAAAGGGUGUGGACAGCUUCCGCAUUCCCCAAAUGGCAGAAGUCAACCUCGACCAAAUUCAGAGCUGGAUCGACCAAGGCAGACUCGACCCCACGAAUCGGAUUACACCAAAGGAGUUGAUUGAAUGCGGCAUCAUUGGCACUGUCAAGGACGGCGUUAAGAUUCUCGCGCGUGGUGGAAGCUGCAUUAAGCAGCCAAUUGACGUCAUGGUAUCGCGCAUUUCUGGAAAAGCGAUUGAGGCGAUCGAGGGUGCUGGCGGAAAGGUCACAACAAGAUAUUACACAAAGCUCGCGAUUCAGCGCCUCCUUACUGGCGAAUCGGUGAAUACCGAUCAGCCGCUACCUGUUGGCAAGGAACACGUCGAGAAGUUCGUGGCUGCAGCGAACAAGAACCCCUUCAACAGAUACCGUCUCCCGGAUCCCACUGGUCGUGAGGAUAUCGAGUACUACAGAGACCCCGCACACAGAGGAUACCUCAGCCAGCAACUUGCUCCCGGCGAGUCGCCGUCACUGUACUUCAGAGUACCUGGCGUGACAAAGACCAAGACGGUCCGCAAGGUUAAGCAAGCGACGGCGACAGAUGAUCUGCUGUUUUAGUUCGAGGUGAUGGAGGUGUACGACGCGAGCUGUGGUGAGCCGCGGAUCGUGCAGUUUGUAUAAAAAUACCAUACGUGUACAGAUAAUAUUACCGAGAAUAAAACUAUGUUAUAGUAUGUUUUGUAAGCGUGGAGUUGUAUGAAUGAC